AUGGGACCUAAAGUAUAUGAACAGUCUGAACAAGAGGGGCAGAACAUACAAGAGAUGAUUCCUCUUAGCAGUCUGAACAAAAAUGUUCUUGACAAAUCUGUGCUGAUUUUAUGCCCAGAGCAAGGCAAUUUGACAGUAAUAAUAUAUUACAUUUUCUCUUUUUUCCAGACUCCAGGCAGGGUUGGAUCUCAGAGCUCUGAGUCGGAUUCAUCUGCAGCCCCUGGAAAUGCAGUGGAUAUCAACAAUGAGAGUACUUCAGAGGGAUUUAUUUGUCCUCUUUGUAUGAAAUCUCAUGGAUCAGCUGAAGAACUUUUUAAGCACUAUGAAGCAGUUCAUGAUUCUGGUAUUGAUACAAGUCAUGCAGGAGAAUCUAACAUGACCUUCAAAAGUGAUGACAUAACUUUAUUGAGGCAAGAAGUUCAAGACCUGCAAGCUUCGCUUAAGGAAGAACGAUGGUAUUCUGAAGAGUUGAAGAAAGAAUUAGAAAAAGUUCAUGGGCAGAAGCAGCAAGAAUCCAAACCUGAUGGUCUGGCAACUGCUGCCUCUACAGAAUUGGAAUCUUUAGAACAGCAAUUAGAAGACAGUCAAGUAGAAAAAUUUAAUAUCAAACAAAUGAAAGACUUAUUUGAACAAAAAGCAGCACAACUGGCCACUGAGAUUGUGGAACUUAAAGCCAAAUAUGAUGAAGAAACAAGCCUUCGAGAACUUGCAGAACAAAAAGUGACUAAUUUGACACAAGAGUUACAGAAGCAAAAAGGUGUAUGUGAAGAUUUAAACACAGAGCUGCUUCAAAGACCCGGGGUAGAAGAUGUUGCAGUUCUAAAGAAGGAAUUAGUCCAAGUUCAAACAUUGAUGGAUAAGAUGACUUUGGAAUGUGAGAAAGAAUCUGAGAAACUGAAAGAUGAAUGCAAUCAUUUGAGAGCAGAAUAUACAAAUGCAGAGGCUACCAUUAAUAAGUUAAAUACAGAACUUGCUAAAGGACCACAAGAAGUUGCUACAUAUGUACAAGAGAUCCAGAAACUUCAAACUUCAGUUAAUGAAUUUGCACAGAAAAAUCGGAAACUACUGGAAAAAUUAAAAAAGAAAGAAUUGGAAUAUACUCAGUUAGAAGAGAGACAAAAUGAAGAAUCAUUGGGUAAAAGGAAUCUGCAAGCAACUCUUAAUCAAAAGGAAUUGGACUGUCAACAACUUCAGGCAAGACUGUCUGCAUCGGAGGACUCAUUACAGAGAUUGCAGAAAGAAUUGUGUGAAAAGAGAGAAGCAAGCCAAAAACUUAAGGAAGAAUUGUCAGAAGCUGAAGCCAAGAACCAGCAUCUUAAAGCAGAAUACAAGCAGCUACAACAACAAAGGGAAGAACAAGAACAGCGAAGCCUGCUGCUUCAAAAUGAGCUCAAUCAGUUACACAAUAAACUUCUGGAAACAGAACAUCAACUUGGAGAAGCACAGGGGCGACUAAAAGAGCAGAGACAGCUAUCUAGUGAAAAGCUGAUGGAAAAGGAACAGCAAGUGGCUGACAUUCAGUUAAAACUUUCACGUGCUGAAGAGGAGCUAAAGGAAAAAGCGGCAAAUACAACUGAAUUGCAACAUCAAUUAGACAAAACGAAGCAGCAGCAUCAAGAGCAGCAGAAUCUUCAGCAAAGUACGACAGCAAAACUUCGAGAAGCCCAGAAUGAUUUAGAGCAAGUUCUACGUCAGAUUGGUGAUAAAGAUCAAAAAAUCCAAAACCUUGAAGCCCUGCUACAAAAGAGUAAGGAGAAUAUUUCUCUGCUAGAAAAAGAAAGGGAAGACUUGUAUGCAAAAAUUCAAGCUGGUGAAGGAGAAACAGCAGUUCUAAAUCAGUUACAAGAGAAGAAUCAUGCUUUGCAGGAACAGGUAACACAGCUGGCAGAAAAAUUGAAGAAUCAAUCAGAAAGUCAUAAACAGGCCCUAGAAAAUUUGCAUGAGCAAGUGCAGGAACAGAAAUCCCAUUUAAGAGCAUCUCAAGAUCAUGUACUUUCAUUGGAAACAACUAUCAGUGAGCUACAUAAUCAGCUAAGUGAAAGUAAAGAAAAAGUAAUGCAACUUGAUUUGCAGGUAAAAGCAAAGACUGAAUUGCUUCUGUCAGCGGAGGCAGCAAAAGCUGCUCAGAGAGCAGACCUUCAGAAUCAUUUGGAUACUGCCCAGAAUGCAUUGCAAGACAAACAGCAGGAAUUAACAAAAGUCAGCACUCAAUUGGAUCAAGUUGCUUCCAAGCUGCAUGACAAAGAGGAAUAUUGUAUACAGCUGGACUCCAGUCUUAAAGAGUACAAAGAAAAGCACCUUAAUUUAGAGCAAAAAACAGAAGAACUGGAAGAUCAGCAUAAGAAACUUGAAACUGAUCUUUAUGAAGUUUUGGGGCAAAAAGAAAAGGCUCUUCAAGAACUAGAGCAGCAAAGAAAACAGUACACAGAGUUGAACCUCAAAGCUACAGAACUGAGCAAACAACUAGAGGAAGAGAGAGAAAUGAUAUCUACAGCCCAAUUAGACUUACAGAAAAAAAAUGAUACAUUAGAAGAAGUAAGCCAACAAAGAUUAAAGCAGGAAGAAGAAAAUGAAAAACUGAAGUUAGAAAUUGAGAAAUUAAAUCAAGAAAUAUUGAAGUAUCAUAGGGAAUUAGAAGAAAAGCUGCAAAUAUUAACAGAUGAUUUGAAGAAAAUGAAGCUGGAAAAAGAUACUCUAUUAAAAGAACUUGAAAUCCUCAAAGGUAAAUUGUCAAAUAGCAACGAAUCUUUGGAAGAAGCAAGGGAUGCAUUGGAGAAAGAGAAACAGAGAGGAAAGACAGCUGUAGCAGAAAUUGAAAAAUCUUGUCAAGAAGCUAAGCAUCAACUUCAGUUACAGUCAGAAUCUAUAGCUAAAGAACAGAAUGAACUGAAAAACUUACUGGAAAAACAAGAUGGGAUUUCCAAACAGCUAGCAACAGAGCUUGAUUCGGCACGUGUGCAAAUCCUGCAGCUUCAGGGUAUUCUCAAAGACAAAGAUAAAAAUGAACAACAGCUUCAAUUGAAGGUAAAAGAAUUGAAGGAAUCUUUCGACCAGAAGAAAAAACAAAAUGAGAUACAACAAGCUGAAUUAAAGACAGCCCUAUUAGAAAAGGCAGAACUGGAAAAUAAAUUGCAACAACAAAUAACAUUAUCAGAACAAGUCCUUGCUGGGCAGAAGGAAAAAAUAACAGAAUUGCAGAAAUUCCAUAAAAAAGCUCAAGAAAAUGUGGAAAAACUUCAGCUAGAUAUUUAUGGUAAAGAAUCUGAAAUCUUGGCUAUCCGGCAAGACCUUAAGGUUACAGAAGAGAAGCUAACUUUGGGUGAAGAAGAAUUGAUUUCUAAUAGAAAUCAAAUUAGUAAUCAAAAUCAAUUGAUCAAAGAACUUAAGACAAUAAGAUCUGCACUGGAACAGGAUGUAUCCAAAAAAGAAAAGCAACUAAAAGAGCAAGAGAAGUUGUUACAGGAAAUACAGAAAGAUAAGGAGAUAUCAAAUCAAAAAGAUGCCAAACAGCUGUUGAUUAAACAGAAACUAGAACUACAGGAAAAGGUUGAUAAUUUUAGUACAGCUAUGGAGCAAGAGAAGAAAAACCAGGAAGUCAUGAAAGAUCAAUGGAAGAAGAAAGAAGGGGAAUUGAAGAAGAAAUGUGCUGAGACUGAAACAAAACUGCAAGCUUUGAUCAAGAAAAAAGAUGAGCAGUGUAAAAGUCACGAAGAGGCUGAGUGUAAGCUAAAUAUGCAGAUCACAGCACUGAAUGAAAAUCUAGGGACAGUGAAGAAAGAGUGGCAAAGUAGCCAAAGAAGGGCUAGUGAACUAGAAAAACAAAUAGAUGAUCUGCGUGGAGAAAUUGCAGUUCUCGAAGCUACUGUCCAGAACAAUCAGGAUGAGAGAAGAGUAUUGCUGGAAAGGUGCCUUAAAAGCGAAGGAGAAAUUGAAAAACUUCAAAGCAAAGUCAUGGAUGCACGAAGAAAACUUGAUGAUACAACUGCAGCCAUGCAGGAGCUGGGGAGAGAGAACCAGUCACUGCAGAUCAAACAUACGCAAGCAUUAAAUAGGAAAUGGGCUGAAGACAAUGAAGUUCAGAAUUGCAUGGCUUGUGGAAAAGGUUUUUCUGUAACAAUAAGAAGGCACCAUUGCAGACAGUGUGGAAAUAUUUUCUGUGCUGAGUGUUCCACAAAGAAUGCCUUAACUCCUUCUUCUAAGAAACCUGUUCGUGUCUGUGAUACUUGUUUCAAUGAUCUACAAGGAUAAUUACUCACAACUCUUACAUGUUAUGCUAGAGUAAAAUUUCUGUUAUGCACUUCGUAUAAUACUCAGACUACUACUUUGGGUGGGCACCGAUUGUAACAAUUGACAAAAUUAUAGUAUAGUGUUUAACUGCUAAAGUCAAACAAUUGUACUUCUUGUGAAGUUGAAAUUAUCUGUGACUUAUUUGGUUUUGGUCAGAGAGCUUCUGUGUCAAGUUUAUAAGUCUCCAAUGACUUGUAAAUAAAAUUGAAAUAGAGGAAUUAUGAUGUAUUUUUAAUCCUAAUUUGUUGGUUCAGAAACAACUCCUUUAAAACAGUUUUGCAGGGAUUUUGUGUUUCAAUUAUUGCUGCAUAAGUAUAACUUAAUGAUUGUUUAGAAAUGCAUAAGGUAUUAAUAGCCUCAAACAAGCAGCUUUUCAUUUCUAUUGUUUUUUCCUCUUUAUUCUUCUUAAUUUUUUACUGUGAGUUCCUUUUUAUGUUUAUGUCUAGUUGAGUGGAAGUUGCCUUGAACUCUCAAGAUUGUCAAGCUGUUUUUCUAUAGUAUCACUGUACAAUAUAUGUCAAAGAAAAUGAAAAGCAAUCCCAAUACUUUAGUGUAGAUCUGAUAUUUCUUCUCUAAGAAUAUGCUGCAUCCUGUUGGGCUAUAUCAUCUUUGAUAUGCAAAUCCUAUGCUCCUUUACAUUUUUUUGUACUAUUUAAAUAUGUUUGCACUGUUCUCUCUAUCUUAUUCACAAGAAAUAUUGCCUGGAAGAUCCAAGCAUAGCAAAUUCUGGUACUGAAAAAUAUAUACCGUAUUUUUCGGAGUAUAAGACGCACAUUUUUACUCCGAAAAAGAGGGUGAAAAUCUGGGUGUGUCUUAUACUCCGAAUGUAGCGGCUGAGUCAUCUGAAAAAGGGGCAAGUGAAGCGGGUGCUGCAGAGAUUGUGAUGGUUGGAAAGGAGAGACAUUUUGCUUUUGGGGCUCCUGCUCUGCUCUGCUCCAGGGAGGGCCCGGGUGGUGGUGGUGGUAGAAGCGGCUCCUCACACUGCUGGGGAGUGAAAUCAUUGUGGCCAUUGUCUCCCCUGAGCUACCCGCCGAAUCUCUGAGGCACCUUUCACUUGCAGGAGGAGGAGGAUGAGGGCGGAGUAUACCAAAGUCUUUGAGUAACUGGAAAAGAAAGCUGAGCUUGGAACCUGCGGAAAACUGCUGCCUGAAAAGCACGCCUUUCUUUCCCAGUUACUCAAAGGCUUUGGUUUAAGGAGGUGCUGCUUUAAGCCGCCCUCCUCCUUCUCCUGCAAACAAAAGAUGCCUCAGAGAUGCUAGAUUUCUCAGAACGCUAGAUUGGGAAGUUAAAAACCUGGAAUGGGGUACCAUCAACCUUGAUUCAAAGACUUUGGUUCCUGAGAUCUCUGAGUUGCCACCCAAAACCUGGUACCGCGAUCUCUGCAGCGCCCGCUUUACCUGCUCCUUUGCGGUUCCAGGUGUCAGAGAUUGUGGGAUGGAAAGGAAACUUCGGAAUGCGGCAGCUGCCAUGUUCCAGGAAUAUGGCACUCCUGUAUUCCGACGUUCCCUUUUCAUCCCGCGCUUCUUCCAUUAGCCAAAAUCCCGACAAUGCAAAUAGCAAUUUUCCGGAGAGAAAGUGGAGAUCGAGGAUCCUGAGAAAAGUCUUCGUGCAGAGGAGAUUGGUUCUCUUCCCUUGCUCCACCUUCCCACCCCAAUCUCCAGAUCUGUCAUGCCGUGCUUAUUGCUACUGCUGCUAUUGAGCCUAGCUACCAUAUCUCUUUGCUGACAGAUUGGGUGGAUCUGGUGUAUGUGUGUGUGAGACGAGGCAGCCCAGUUUCCUUUAUGCUUCCCUUUUGCCACUCAGGCGCUGCCACGAGGAACCUUUAAUCCAAAUGGAAUCUAUCCCCACCCUUCUCAUCCAAUGGGCCAUUCCCAGCCAAGCACAGCAGCAGCCAUUCAGCAGCCCCCGCAUGUCUUUCCCUCCUAGCUGAAGAGAAGAAGCGAGCCGACUACUGCUCCUUGGGCCAAGCGGCUUACUGUCACCACCAGUCCGAGGGAAGGGGAAAAACAAUAAAGCGCGGAGAGAGCUGUUUAGUCCUGCCCUGCCGUGGGAGGGGUAGAGAAAAGUGGUUUUGAGAUAGAUAAAAGCCUUACUCUUUAAGAAGAUCAAGUCCCACACGUCACAGUUUUGCCCCCCUCAGGAGCACUUUGCAGGCCUCCCAAACUCUGCAUGCCCCAUUUUUCAUGCCUCUGGGAGCUGGGG